AUGUCUGCUGAAGGAAAAACACAAGGUGGAGAAUCUUAUGAGUUCCAGGCUGAGAUUUCUCAGCUUAUGUCAUUGUUCAUUAAUACCGUUUAUUCGAACAAGGAAAUAUUUUUGAGAGAGUUGAUUUCUAAUGCAUCUGAUGCCCUUGAUAAGAUUAGGUACCAAUCGCUUUCUGAUUCUCAUGUUUUGGAAUCUGAGCCAAAGUUAUUCAUCAGAAUCACUCCGAAGCCAGACCAGAAGAUUUUGGAGAUCAGAGAUUCAGGUAUCGGUAUGACCAAGGCUGACUUGGUUAAGAAUUUGGGUACUAUUGCCAAGUCAGGUACUAAAUCCUUUAUGGAGGCUCUUUCUGCAGGUGCUGAUGUUUCUAUGAUCGGUCAGUUCGGUGUUGGUUUCUAUUCUGCUUUCUUGGUUGCCGACAAAGUCCAGGUUAUCUCUAAAAAUAACGACGACGAGCAAUACAUUUGGGAAUCCAAUGCUGGAGGAAAGUUCACUGUUGCCUUGGACACCACAAACGAGAAAAUUGGAAGGGGUUCGAUUGUCAGGCUUUUCUUGAAGGAUGACCAGACGGAAUAUCUUGAGGAGAAGAGGAUUAAAGAGGUCGUUAAGAAGCACUCUGAAUUUGUUUCCUAUCCUAUUGAAUUGGUUGUUAGAAAGGAAGUGGAAAAGGAAGUUCCUGUGAAGGAGGAGGAGAAGGAGGAAAAGAAGGAUGAAGAAAAGAAGGAUGAAGAUGAAAAGGACGAAAAGGAGCCAAAGAUUGAAGAAGUGAAGGACGACGAAGAAAAGAAGAAUGAAGAAGAGAAGAAGGAAAAGAAGACUAAGAAGGUGAAGGAGAUGGUCACAGAUACAGAAGAAUUGAACAAGACCAAGCCUUUGUGGACCAGAAACCCAUCGGACGUUAAGCAAGACGAGUACAAUGCGUUCUACAAGUCUAUUUCUAAUGACUGGGAGGAUCCAUUGGCUGUUAAGCAUUUCUCUGUUGAGGGUCAACUUGAGUUUAGGGCCAUCUUGUUUGUUCCUAAGAGGGCUCCAUUUGAUUUGUUCGAAUCUAAGAGAAAGAAGAACAACAUUAAAUUGUAUGUCAGACGUGUGUUUAUCACCGACGAGGCUGAGGACUUGAUUCCAGAGUGGCUAGGCUUUGUCAGAGGUGUUGUUGACUCUGAAGACUUGCCAUUGAAUUUAUCCAGAGAGAUGCUUCAACAGAAUAAGAUCAUGAAGGUCAUCAGAAAGAACAUUGUCAAGAAAUGUAUUGAAAUGUUCAAUGAGAUUGCUGAGGAUAAGGACCAGUUUGACAAGUUUUACAAGGCCUUUUCUAAGAACAUUAAAUUGGGUGUUCACGAAGAUGCUCAAAACAGAGCUUCAUUGGCAAAAUUGUUGAGAUACUACUCUACAAAGUCUGCCGAUGAGAUGACCUCCCUUUCCGACUACGUUACCAGAAUGCCAGAGCACCAGAAGAAUAUCUACUACAUUACUGGUGAGACGUUGAAGGCUGUCAAGGAGUCUCCAUUCUUGGAUGCUCUUAAGGAGAAAGGAUUUGAGGUUUUGUUCCUUGUUGAUCCUAUUGACGAGUAUGCUAUGAACCAGCUGAAGGAGUUUGAGGACAAGAAACUUGUUGAUAUAACCAAGGACUUCGAACUUGAGGAGACUGACGAGGAGAAGAAGAAGAGAGAGGAAGAAGACAAGGAGUUUGAGCCAUUGACCAAGGCCUUGAAAGACAUCUUGGGAGAAAAGGUUGAAAAGGUUGUUGUUUCGCACAAAUUGAUGGACGCUCCAGCAGCUAUCAGGACUGGCCAGUUCGGAUGGUCAGCCAACAUGGAAAGAAUCAUGAAGGCUCAGGCCUUGAGAGAUACUUCAAUGUCAGCAUACAUGGCAUCAAAGAAGAUCUUUGAGAUUUCACCAGAGUCUCCUAUUAUCAAGGCUUUGAAGUCUAAGGUUGACGAGAAUGGUGCAGAUGACAGAGUGGUCAAAAACCUUACUUCAAUGUUGUACGACACUGCCCUUUUGACAUCGGGAUUCACUCUUGAGGAGCCAACAAACUUUGCUAAGAGAAUUAAUUCUUUGAUUGCCAUUGGUCUAAACAUUGAAGAUGAAAAUGCUGAGACAACUGAGGGUGAAGAGAAGAAGGAAGAGGAUGCUGCUGCGACUGAGAAGGAUGAGAAGAAGCCAGAGGAAGCUGCUGAAGGUGAAACGGAGAUGGAGGAAGUUGAUUGA